CAAGUAGCAGGCCCAAAUAAACUUUCAGUUUCUCAUCGCCGUUCAGUUUCUCCGACGAAAUCAAAUUCUUUGAAUUGUUCUUAAAUGAAUCUUGAAAAUAACCAAAUGGGUGAGAGAAAUGAUACUGUGAAGGAAAAAAGAUUAGUUUUUCUGACAGUCGGGACGACUUGUUUUGAUGCAUUAGUAAGAGCAGUGGAUACAACAGAAGUUAAGAAUGAAUUAUUCAAGAAAGGUUACACUGAUAUUCUUAUUCAAAUGGGGCGCGGAUCGUACAUUCCCACAAAGUCGACUGCUGAAAAUGGUUCCCCAGCUCUGGACUACUUCACAUUUUCAUCAAGCAUAGCUGACUACUUGAAGUCAGCAUCACUUGUUAUCAGCCACGCAGGUUCUGGGAGCAUAUUUGAGACAUUACGGCUGGGCAAACCGUUAAUAGUGGUAGUCAAUGAGGAUCUAAUGGACAACCAUCAAAGCGAACUCGCAGAAGAACUGGCUGAGAGAAAACAUUUGUAUUGUGCUCGUCCACAAACGUUAUACAAGACUAUCUCGGAUAUGGAUCCGGGGUCUCUUGUUCCAUAUCAACCAGGUGAUGCAAAGCCAGUUGCUAAACUUAUUAAUAGAUAUCUUGGUUUCCCAGAUGAUUAAUGGAAACUGAAUGUUCUAUGUAUUUGACAUUAACUGAAGUUCAAUUGUAUGUAAUUUAUAUGGCCUAAUCUUUUA